AUGGCAUUCUUCAACAAGUUGACAGGUUGCUUUACAGACAUCAUAGAAAAGAUCAAGGAAGUGAUUGGAUUUGGUAUACCGACCGCAUUCGUCACAGGCAUUCGAAUCGCUUCGAUUGAUCUCAAGAAGGCUACUCUUGUCUUUGAUGUGCUUGUAACAAAUCCAUCUCGCUUUACAAUCCCACUAACGGAUAUAAACUACUUACUAGAGAGUGAUGACCGGAAACUUUUAUCAGGACUAAUCCCUGAUUCUGGAACAAUCAGUCCAAAGGGCUCGACAACGAUUGUAAUACCAGUUACAUUAGUCUACGAAGAUAUCCUAAACACAUUCACUGAUAUCAGACCUGGUAGUGUGAUUCCUUAUAAAAUGAAGGUCGAAUUUGGGGUGGAGGUUCCCAUUUUCGGAAAGAAGACUAUUCCAAUUGAGAAGUCUGGUGAGAUACCAAUCCCAACAAUACCUUUGAUUAGUCUUGAGAAAAUAGAAUUCAAGAAGUUUUCGUUCGAAGAAUGUGUGGUGGCUGAACACUUGAAAUUGGAGAACAUGAAUGAGUUCGAAAUGGGUGUGACUUCUUUGGAGCUUGAACUGCAGCUGAGUGGAAAAAGCAUUGGAAGUGCAGGAUUAGAAAAGACGGGGAGUGUUGGUAAGAGUGGAGUUAGUAUGCUUGUGAUCCCACUUACAUUUAGGCCUGUGAAUUUAGGGAUGGCAGUAUGGGAAGUGCUUGGAGGGAAUGAGGCAACUUAUGCACUCAAAGGGAAUCUUGGUGUGGAUACUCCUUUUGGGUCCAUGACGUUUCCAAUGGAAAAGGACGGAGGGACAUCCUUCAUCAAGUAA